AUGCGAGUGGCCACAGCACUCAGCGAGUCCUCGUCCAUCCACAGCGAUGCCCUGUUCCACCUGACCAGGGACGUCUCCGGGAUCGGACUGGACCCGAUGUACUACAGCAUCCUGGAACCUGAGCCCUGCAAAGACGAGCCCUGGGCUGAGGAAUCACAGAAGCUGCUACAGCGCAACAGCAUGCAGAUCUCCCCGAGUGAAGACAAGAUCCCAGUUGUGGGAGCGACUUCGAGCCCCCAGGUCAGCGGAGAGGGCCUUUACUUCUGUGACGGCCAACGGAAAGUUGACUACGUUCUAGUCUUUCAUCAGAGGCGGCACGGCUCCAUACGAUCUCCUGCCAGUACGUCAGUUUCACAAGACCGGUUGUCCAUUGUUUCCAACGGCAACUUUCCUCUGUCGGGGGGCUCGGAUGUGGCUGCGGGAAGAGGAGACGGCAUUCCAGGAGGGGAGGCUGCAAGUGUCGGCGAGGUGUUCAUGGAGCUGGGAGCUGCGGGAGAGAGCGAGUCGGCGGAGCCUGCUGACCACGAGAUGCAUCUGAUCAGACAGGAGUUUGAGGCCAACCUGGUUGAGGCCGGUCUGGAGAUUGAGCGGGACAGAGAGUCGAAGGUGCACGGACCCAGCUUUACUCGGGUUCACGCUCCGUGGCCGGUAUUGUGUCGAGAGGCUGAGUUUCUCAAGAUUAAAGUCCAAACCAAGACGAGUUACGAACUUAAAGAGGAAAGUGGUUUCGGGUCCAGUAUGAGCACAGUGUGGAGGAAACUGAACCAGCCUUUCCAGCCCAAAGUAUCACACAUGGACCACGGACGCACCAAAUUUGAAAGUCAUUUUUGUGUUUCCUCCAGGUACAACAUCACAUCUAAAGAGACAUUCUUUGACAAUGCUACAAGGGGAAGGAUAGUGUAUGAGAUUCUGAGACGGACGGUGUGUGCACGAACCUGUCAAACCAUAGGCAUCAGCACACUGAUAGCUAAAGGCGUGUAUGAUGCUGCCUUCCCCAUUCACGAUGGUGACUAUAAGGUCAUCGGACACCUCGAGGAGAGGAACGACAGACAGGUUCUGCAUGAAGAGUGGGCCAGAUACUCAGCCUUUUACAAGUACCAGCCCAUUGAUCUUGUCAGGAAAUACUUUGGAGAGAAGAUUGGCUUGUACUUCGCAUGGCUCGGUGUUUACACUCAGCUGCUCGUCCCAGCCUCCAUAGUGGGAAUCAUUGUGUUUGGCUACGGGGUGGCGACAGUGGAUACGAAUAUACCCAGUCUGGAGAUGUGUGACGAGCGCCUCAAUUUCACCAUGUGUCCUCUGUGUGAUGGAGCCUGCGACUUCUGGCAUCUCAGCACCGCCUGUGGCACUGCCAGAGCUUCACACCUCUUUGAUAACCCUGCAACCGUCUUCUUCGCCAUCUUCAUGUCUCUGUGGGCGGUGCUGUUCCUGGAACACUGGAAGCGUCGUCAGAUCAGCUUGAGCUUCAGUUGGGAUCUGACAGGCAUCGAGGAGGACGAGGAACACCCCAGGCCAAGAUACGAGACCAUUCUUCUUCAAAAAAGACAGAGGAAGCAGAAGAGCAAGAAAAAGAAGAAAAAGAAUGAGCCAGAGAAGCAGGAGGACGGGACAGUGACAGGGAAGGACAGAUGGAGACAAAAACUACUGUCUGCCAUGGCUGCAGGAAUACCGUCUGCCAUAGAGAAGUUGACCUGGAAAGACCGUCUUCCUGGAUACUUCAUUAAUGUUUCCUCUAUCCUCUUCAUGUUUGGGCUGACAUUUUCUGCGGUUUUCGGCGUCAUCGUCUACCGGAUCACAGUGUCGGCUCUGAUGGCGAUGAGCCCCGACCCAGAGACCAAGUCCAACGUUCGAGUGACGGUGACAGCUACUGCAGUCAUCAUCAACCUCGUGGUUAUCCUGAUCCUUGAUGAAAUCUACGGUGCUGUGGCGCUGUGGCUGACUGAGCUAGAGAUUCCUAAAACAGAAACCAACUUCGAAGAGCGUCUCAUUCUGAAAGCCUUCUUACUCAAGUUCAUGAACGCGUACGCUCCCAUCUUUUACGUGGCUUUCUUCAAGGGACGGUUCGCGGGUCGACCUGGAAAUUACGUGUACGUCUUUAAUGAUUAUCGGAUGGAGGAGUGUGCUCCAGGAGGCUGCCUCAUUGAGUUGUGCAUUCAGCUCAGCAUCAUCAUGCUCGGGAAGCAGCUAAUCCAAAACAACAUCUUUGAGAUCGGCAUCCCGAAAUUGAAGAAGCUGGUGCGUGCAUUGAAGGAGAAAGAAUCAGCCCAGACAGAGAAGGAGGAGGAGAGGCCUCCACAGCAGUGGAACCUGGACUACGCUCUCGCUCCCUUUGAAGGCCUCACGCCGGAGUACAUGGAGAUGA